AUGGCCGCCUUGGGAAAGGAAACGAUAACAAAGGCUGCUGAAUUGCUUCAGCAAGCGUCCACGAUGUUGCUGUCGGUGAAUGAAAAUUUGUCGGAAACCAAUUCUCGCUUAACAGCUACCAAUGCUGGUACGCCUGGGACAUCAGCAGCUACUGCAUUUGCCGUACCAGAGCUACGCGAUACUCUAGCACGAGCUAAAUCGAUGCUAGCCGCUAGUUCGAAUGCUGGCUUGUACAGACGUCUAAAUAAAAACGAACGCCUGCGAGCUGCUGCCGGAAAAUCAUCAUCUUCAUCCUUACAAGGUUCAAGUUCAAGCAAGAAAGAAAAACCACUGCGAAGUUCAGAGAAAAAGCCGUUUGAAUUUGCACUGCUUCGAGCACCUGAGGUAGACAGUGACGGUGAGGAAAAAAAUAGCUUAAGGAAGGACUAUGUUAUUAACAAAGGUAUUAUUACUUUAACUCCUUCUGACACUGAGAAACUAAUAAGAGAUAAGAUUGUUUCAUCUUUAAAACCAAGAUAUCCCGUGAUUGAAAAUCGUGACUUUGAAUUUGUCAAAGUAGUCCAAAAAAAAUUUCUGUUCUUCAGUUGGGAAAAGGAACACAGUAUGAUUACAGUGUAGUGAAAAAAUUGGCUGGGCAAGGUCUGUUGUACAUUCGUAUGAAGCAAGCAAUGCAGUUUGCUGUUGAUGAAGAUAUUCAGGUUGAAGACGAUAUGGCAGAUGAUCCAUUUUUAUCCUUAGAACUACCCAGUCCAUUUAAUUCACCAACAACAUCACUUGAUCUAACAGGUGCACCAAGUGAUUGCAAUCUUGUCCCAAUUGGCCCGCCUGUUAGAGAAACCCCACUUGAUAGUGAGCAAUUUACACUAUCCCCACAAAGUGUCCAGGAAUUUGGACCAGUAGUUCCAGAAAUUGAACUGUCUCCAUUUUUUUCAACAGUAAUUGACGAAAUACCAUCCACUGUUAGUGACCCAACAGAAAUGUUAAGAUUCUUGCAGAAGAAGAUUUUGUUAGGUCGUGACCUAGAUGUUAGUGAUGUAUCUUCUGAACUUAGUGGGGACACUAAUUAUAUUUCAGUAGAUCGCGAUAAUAUUUUGUAAACAACAUUUUCUGAAUUGAAUGAUGUGAAAGAUCCAAGAAUCACUUUUGAAGUUCAGUUCUAUGGCGAGCAAGCUGAAGACAGGGGAGGCCCCAGAAAGGAAUGGAUUAGGCUUUGCAAUCAGAAAAUACAACCGAAAUAUUUUGAACAAGGUCUUAAGGAGCAUCUAGCAAGUGACUAUUUUUACAUUGGCCAAAUGGCAGCAAUAGCACUUCUUCAGAAUGGACAGUUACCUGUUUACAUUCCAGAAACAGUUUUGCAAAAUGUUUUUUACAGGUCCGUACCCAAGCACACAGCCACGCAUUUCCAACCUACAGAAAGGUCUGGAUACUCUUGGAAUCCAUACAGUUGGUAGAAAGUUCCCACAAUUCCUGCAUCUCUUUAGACCAUCUGAAAAUUCUAAGUUGUCUGUAAAAAGGUUACUACACCUUCUGAUACUUUCUGAAAAAGGAUCAAACAGCCUAAAGUACGAGAAGAGUGCUUAUGCUCAUUUUGUCAAAUAUGUUAGAGAAGUAGCUAGUGGUCGUAGAGUAACAAAGCUGGAGAAUAUCCUGGAGUUUGCUACUUGUGCAAGUGAAGAGCCCCUUCUUGGUUUUGCUCUUUCCCCAUCCAUUGAAUUUGUUGAAGCCACUUGUGCAUCCAGGGAGCCUACAAUCCUGGACAAAACCAUCUGCGACACUCUAUUAAAACAUUCCUUUGUGGCUUUUUUUACCAGUUAGACCGGAAUAAUUUACUCGUUUUCCCCCCUCCGCCCCCCAAAACAAUGUUGGACGUUUUAUCCGUAUUCUACGAAUACAAUCAACAUUGAAUGGUGGGGGAAAGGGGGAGGUUUUCUAAAUUUACAAUAACAUUACGAUAUUUUGUCCAGUAUAAUUGGAAGUGUCGCAGAUGUUUUGUCCAGGAUUGUCUGAGACGAGUCGAAAUUACAUUCUUUUAUAUUUCGCUUGUUAUACAUGUCCUUGCCAUGUAUUUUGUUUAUGCGCAUUGCUCAUGACCUACUUAUAUUCAUAAUUACAUCAAGUACCUUAUUUCAUUAAUUAAAUACGUCAUGAAUACCUUAGUGUUUUGGAGGGGGUAAUAAUGUGUAGUAGAAUAUACAAUACAGUAUAUUAUUUUUAAUUUUAGCAAUUAAAAGCAACGAAAUGUUGCGGAAAUAAUUGAGAAAGUAAAACUAUCGCGUUCUAGUCGAUUCGUUGCAAUAAUUCAGAAAUUAAGAAAUAUAUACGAGUCAUAUUUGUUAACUGCAUAUAUAUAUAAGACCUGCAAGACACAAUAGACAACCUAUAGUCGACCAUGUGAGAAGGUGCCUAGACGGACAUGCAAACGAUCAGUGAAUGAGAUGCAAUGUACGACACAAAAAAUAUAUUUCCAUGAGAGUUCGUGCAACUUAUAUAUUGAUAGGUUAUACAUUCAGUCUAUACGUACAUAGACGAAUGCGUGUGGUAUCCAGUAGAACUAAAGGACAAUAAAUUCAAUAUAGACUAGUUCCCGCGUUUCUGGUAUUUACUGCAUAUAUUUAGAAUAUUAAGCGACAACUAUAUAAUUGUGAAUUAUGCAUUUUGACACAGAGUUUUCCUGGUGUGGUAAAUCAAUGCUCUGAUAUUUUCCCAAUGUCAUACCUAACGGUGUACCACUGACCAAUACACUAUGACUGUGAUAAUAUCCUCAGUUAUGGGAUAUAAUACAAACCAAUGACAUGGACUUGAAAGAACGUGUGUUGCUUAGUAUUCCAACCUACUUCAGACAAUAUUUAGCGCGAUAAUUUUAAAAUACUCCACGGUGUACCAUUUUCACCCUACAAAAGGUUAUAUAUAUAUAUAUUCUUAUAUGUUCACGCUGUACCAUGGUACACAGUCAAUGCGCAUGCGCUAUUAUACGACAAUAACAAAAACGGAUUAGUCAUUUAGUGCGGCGGUCACGCAAUAUAUUUCCACUCAACAGCUAAGCGUUAGUCUGUCUAACAACACAAAUAAGUAUGGAUAAACGCAUUUUAGAAUAUUCUUAGUGCAAAAUAGUUGGUGUAUACACUAUGAGGUACAUUGACUUGCUCUCCGACGUAUAUUAAAUGCGCGAAAGUCGUCGCAUAUGAUUCUUAAUCGCAUUCAAUCAAUCAAUCAAUCAAUAUUUAUUAACCAUAUUCAAAUAUUUACAAGCAGGUAGAAUUAUUUAAACAGACGGAUACAUAUUAUAAUGAAAAAGCUAUAAAUUUAAUUAUAAAAUAGAAGAAAAGAGUAAAAUGUAAUAUGGAUGGAGAUUGGCAGAAGAAAACUCCAGGGAGUUUGUAAAGAAUGCCAAUCACCAAUUUUACCAAGGUCGAGUACAAACUGAGCAGGGUUUCUUAUCCAAAAUAAACUAAAUUCAGCUUUUCAUCAUUUCAUCAAACAAUAAAUAUUUGAGCGUUUUUUUAAAUGAUUUUAAUGUUUUUGACAGAGUGAUAGUGUCAUCAAGCGAAUUCCAGAAUAGGGUCCCGCUUUGUCUUAGCGUCAUUUUUCUAGUUGUGGUUCUUACUUGAGUGAUAUGUAAUUUGCUGGCAGUUCUGGUAUUAUAGUUGUGAAUUUCAUCAUUAUGAAGAAAGUAGGUUUGGAAGAUAGGUGGAAGAGUACGAGGAUAGUUAAUGCAUCUAAAUAUAAAGGCUCCAGUUUGGUAUUUAUUUAUGUCAUAAACAGUCAAUAAUUUCAGCUUAUAGAAUAAGGGCUUUGUGUGGUCUCUAAAUCCAACGUUAGCAAUUAUUCGUAUCAUACGUUUUUGUAGUUUAAAAAUUUUUCCUAAAUUUGUACUAUAUGUCUUAGCCCAGAUAAUGUUACAAUAUUGUAUAUAUGGUAACACAAGCGUGCAGUAUAGUGAUCGACGUGCUGUGGCUGAAAUUAAUGACUUAAUUUUAUUUAUAACACCAAUGGAUUUUGACAUUUUUAGAGAAACGCUAUUGAUAUGUGGCUUCCAAUCAAGAUUUUCAUGAAUAUGAACACCAAGGAAUGUUAUAGAACUAACCUGUUCAAUGAGUUUGUUAUCUAUUUUUAUAUCAGUUGUUUUUGUAUAGUACUUGUUUCUAGCACAGAAAAUAAUACAUUUGGUUUUCUUCAGAUUUAACGAAAGUUUGUUUGAUUUAAACCAGGUGGCUAUAACACUGAGCUCUUGGUUUGUAAUCUGUAUCAGUUUAUUAAGGUCUUUCCCUGAAGAAAAGAGACUGGUGUCGUCUGCAAACAGGAUUAUUUUUAAAAGGGAAGAGCAGUUAGAUAUAUCAUUCACAUAUAUAAGGAAUAAUAGAGGUCCAAGUAUGGACCCCUGAGGAACUCCGCAAACGAUAGUUUUAUGCGUUGACAGUAUAUCAUUGAAUUUAAUGAAUUGUUUCCUAUUAAAAAGGUAAUCUGAGAACCAAAGUAAUGGUGUUCCUCUUAUCCCAUAGUGACUAAGUUUCUCGAUAAGAAUUUUGUGGUUCACAGUAUCAAAUGCCUUACUUAAAUCAAUGAAUACACCUACGGAAAAUUCUUUUUUAUCAAUUGAGUUUGAGAGGUUAUCAAUUAAGUCCAAAACUGCCAUAAAGGUUGAAUGAUUUUUUCUGAAUCCAAACUGAUUAUCAGAAAGAAUGUUGUGUUUAGUAAGAUAUUUCUUACAUAGACAACUCUUUCAAGAAUUUUAGAAAAAAUUGGGAGUAUUGAUAUGGGACGAUAGUUAGAGAAUUUUUUGUUGUCAUCAGCUUUGAAAAUGGGGAGGACUUUGGCAACUUUAAGUUGGUCAGGUACUCUGCCCGACUCCAUUGAUAUAUUGAAAAUGUAUGAAAGGAUGAAUGCAAGUGGCUCUGUAGCCUGUUUGAUAACAAACGGAUCUAGACAGUCUGGACCUGGUGAUUUAUUAGGAUUAAGAUCUCUUAUUAUAGCAAAUAUUUCAUUAUCAUCAGUAGGGUAGAAUACAAAAGAGUUGGGGUAAGACCCUGUUAAGAACUGAGUGAAUUUUGUUUGAGUAUAUGGAAUUUUAGAAGCAAGGUUAGUACCAACAUUUACAAAGUAAUCAUUAAAGGUAUUGGCGAUCAUUUCAGGAUUUGUGCUUCCUUACAUGAACAAAAUGUAAUUUUCUAUGCUAAUAUUAUUAUGGCUCAUUUCAACAGGCGAUACAAAUCAGGUUAAAAUGACGAAGGUACACAUUUAAUUUGAAACUACAUGUAGGGAUCGCCCCUAAGUGCCCUCACCCCACUCCUCCAUUGGCAAUGCUUGGAUGUGAAAAGCCUAUUCUUUAUAGACCAUGUACAAACUUCUUCACAUUCAUAAUUCAAUAUUUAAUAUUAAGGUCAAUGACUUCAAUCAAGUGAGAUGCCCAAGAAAUAUUGUUAUAAAUACUACACUAUCAAAAAGCUGUCAAGCGAAGAAAAAAUGUUGUCUUUGUAAGAAAUAAAUCAGUUGCAGAGGUCAACAUCCUGUGGAAUUGUUACUGUAUUAACUCAACACAAAAUGUUUCCUAUGUAUAUUUUACACGAGUUGUAAACCAGGGGCCGGUUGUAUAAAAACGUAAUUAGCGCUAACUGUAGUUAGCGUUAAUCACUGUAGUUAAAUCCUUAACUGUAAUUAGUUAACUACAUGGGUUAACUGCGUUGCACAAAACGUAGUUAGUCGGAUAGUUACCUAAUCACGUAGUUAACUGUGCGUGGGGCUUGCGUGGGGCGUUUAAACACAAAAUUACAUAAAGUAAGCAGCGAAUAACGACCGCUGACACACAUUUUCAACAUGAUUGUGGACUCGUAUUUUGCAAAUAGGCGGGAAUUUUAUUCAAAACUCUAGAAAACAGUGAAAAAUAUACAAGAAAACAAGGAAAAACCGCCACAAAAAUCAUAAAAGAAUGCAGUUUUUCCUUGAGAUGCCUACGUUAAACCAAGGUAUAGCUGUUUGGCAAUUAUAUAUCAAUGUUUCUUGGUGUAAUGGACCAUACUUCGUCUUCGAGAAAUCGUCCUGUGCAAAAAUAUGUUCUGUUUUCGUAAAAACACCAAAGCGAUAGCGUUUGAAGAGUUUAUAUUGUCAGGAAACAUUCACAGGGAAGAUAGCGAUUGAAAAUCUCAGGUAACCGUUGCUUUUCAUUGCUUUACUGAAAAAUGUUGUUCACUCCUAUACAAACGCCAUUUUUAACUACGUUUUGGACAGUUAACUAUACCCUAAAGCAUAGUUAACUUUAACUACUUUUUAACUGCAGUUAAGGCUAACUACACUUUUAUACACCUGGCUUAACUACGUGAUUAAAGUUAACCACUUUUUAACUACUUUUUAACUGCAGUUAGCGCCAACUACGUUUUUAUACAACCGGCCCCAGCAAAAUAAAAUUCCGUUACAAUAUACUCCUGAGAUAAUGAGAUUGUAAUCUCUCUUCUGGGGAAAUAAAUAGCAAUUGUGUAGUACAUACCUUGCUUGAUUUAAUCUUUAAGUAUUCCUGCGUUGAGAAGUAAUAAAUAUUCAAAUAUUCCGGCGAUAAAGAAGCUAACGAUUUGAAUAUUCGCAACGAUUUGAAUAUUCGCAACUAUGAAAUAUGGCGACAGGCAAGAGUCGCGGUGCGCAAAGCAUGUUGGUACCAUUUUUACCGAACUCGAAGCGAGCUGUUUCGAUUAUGUCCUUUUAUGGACAUUGUCGUGUUUCGUUUCAUAAACCGUUGGUUAUUGUUCGUUCUUUGGCGCACAAUAUCUAUAAAUUUUGAAUUCGAAUCGCAUUCAACGGCGUAUAUGAAUAUCAGCGUUUAUAUAAUAGCUAUACUAUGGUAAAUCUUUGUGAGGACAGUGCUUGGAUAUGAAUAAUGAACAUGAAUAUUAAAUAUUUAACAAAAUUAAAGCUAAAUAGUCGAUUCUGUCGAAAGAUCAAAUCGAAGGAAGAGCGUUGAAUUGCUGCCAAGGUCCAGAUCAUGGUCAAGAUAGCGCGAAUUUCAGGUUGGUAGAUUUGUUUGAACGUUUGAAGCGGUCCCAAGAAUAUUGUUUACAUUUUUAAAAUACAUAUCCCUUCUUGUCUGUUUUAACUGUACAACAUAGGAAUGAUCAUCACUUCUAGUCUUCAAUAUUCAGUGGUCAGAUGGACGUGUUUGACUGAGGCAAUGGUUCACACUUCACAUUGUUUUAUACAGAUACAAUAAAAGUAUAUGGCCCCUGUACAUAGCCCCCAUCAAAAAAUCUUUACGAACGAAUAUAAGCCCAGGGCAUGUGUUCGAAGGUUCACGGUAUGCCAUUAUAUAUCUGAUUCUCUUGUGUUCUUUGAUUGGCAGUAAAAACU